UAAAGCCCUUGAACGUAUCACUGGCAGGCCCCUUUCAGAGACCAACUGAAGGGAGAAAGUCCAACCAACCGGCGGACGGAGGCGUGGCGGCCCGGCUCUGAAUAUGAGCACCGGGAGGCUCUAAACUCUCUCCAAGAAGCUGAGCUGAAAGGACUUGAACAUUGCUUUCCCCGCAGAGCAGCUGAAAACCCUUCCAGCUUGUGACAUUGACAGAAAACGGAGGGAGCGGGGACCACAACGCAGUCAGGAUGUCCCAACAGGCAGUGGACGGGGUACCGUGUCGGAGGAAGGUGCUGACCGUAGAGAACAUGAACCCCAACGUGAAGCGGGUGGAGUACGCGGUCCGCGGCCCCAUCGUCCAACGGGCGGUGCAGAUAGAGAAGGAGCUCCGAGAGGGAGUGAAGAAACCCUUCACAGAAGUCAUCAAGGCCAACAUAGGCGAUGCCCAUGCUAUGGGCCAGAGACCAAUCACAUUUUUCAGACAGGUGUUGGCCCUUUGUUCCUACCCAGAACUUUUGGAAGACAACAAGUUUCCAGAGGAUGCCAAGAAGAGAGCUCGGCGUAUUCUCGAUGCCUGUGGGGGUCACAGUAUAGGGGCCUACAGUGCCAGCCAGGGAAUCGAGUGCAUUCGCCAGGAUGUGGCACGUUACAUUGAGAAGAGAGACGGCGGCAUCCCCUCCAACCCCGACAACAUCUACCUCUCCACUGGGGCCAGUGAUGCUAUUGUGACCAUUCUGAAGUUGCUGGUUUGCGGUGAGGGUCGAGACCGCACAGGGGUGAUGAUCUCCAUCCCUCAGUACCCUCUUUACUCGGCCGCCCUGGCAGACCUGGGCGCUGUGCAGAUCAGCUACUAUCUGGACGAAGACAACUGCUGGAGUCUGAACUUGGCGGAGCUCGGGAGAGCCCUAAAUGAAGCCAAGCAGCGCUGCAAGCCCCGUGUACUCUGCAUCAUCAACCCCGGGAACCCCACAGGUCAAGUUCAGAGCAGGCAAUGUAUUGAGGAUGUGAUCCGAUUUGCUAAGGAGGAGCAUCUCUUCCUCAUGGCUGAUGAGGUCUACCAGGAAAACGUGUAUGCUGAAGGCUGCAAGUUUCAUUCCUUUAAGAAGGUUCUGUUUGAGAUGGGACCGGAGUAUUCCAGCACCGUGGAGAUGGCCUCCUUCCACUCCACCUCUAAGUGCUACAUGGGAGAGUGUGGGUUCCGUGGAGGCUACAUGGAGGUGAUCAACAUGGACCCGGAGGUGAAGGCGCAGCUCACCAAGCUGGUGUCGGUGCGUCUGUGCCCCCCCAUCCCCGGACAGGCUCUCCUGGACCUGGUGGUGAACCCCCCGCAGCCCGAUGAGCCAUCCUACACUUCAUUCAUGAAAGAACGGACUGCUGUGCUGGCCGCAUUAGCAGAAAAGGCCAGGCUCACAGAGGAGAUCUUCAACACGGUACCUGGGAUCACCUGUAACCCGGUCCAGGGCGCCAUGUACACCUUCCCCCGCAUCACUCUACCUCAGAAAGCCAUUGACAAGGCCAUGGCUGACGGCGUAGUUCCAGACAUGUUCUACUGCAUGAAGCUGCUGGAGGAGGAGGGAAUCUGCUUGGUACCAGGAAGUGGGUUCGGUCAGAGAGAUGGAACCUUCCACUUCAGGAUGACCAUCUUACCUCCUACUGAGAAGCUGAAGGUGGUGCUGCAGAAGAUCCGAGACUUUCACUCGCGAUUCACAAGCGAGUUUUCCUAACGGCCCACCAUCAUUUCAGCCUCUGCUCAUGAACCAGCGUACCAAAUGCCAGUAUCUCAAGUGCCUUUGUUUGAAUAAAGCAGCAGCUCUGGAGUAGCCAGCCAGAACCUUCAAUGUUUCCUCGUUAAACAGACAAGUUCAUAUGUAUGAAAAGUAUGUUUUAAGCAUCUGGACACAAAGCACUUUUUAGUACCACACAGCCAAGACUGUUAUGAUUCUGUUUGAUCUUUGAGCCUUACAGUAGCAGAAGCAUCUUAUCUCCUGGCAGAUCGUUUGAUGCUGAAUGAUUGUCUUAAUUUAACCUGAUAGAUGAUUUCCUGAUUGUGUUCUCCUUCUAUGAAUCUCCAUAUUGAGAUUGAGGUACGUGUUUUUAAGCUAGUUGCAGGAUCUAUCCAUUUGAGUUUAUGUUUAAAACUGUGAUUUUCAAAUGAUUUAUUUCCUAAAGUUGCAUCUACUUCCAGCCUGUACAUUUAAAAUGUCUACAAAAACAA